AUGGAGGACAUCGUCCACACUUUCUUGGUGCGCAUCGACGAAGGUUCUGAGCAUGUUGACGCACGCAUGCUCAGGCGUCUCCGGAAGAAGAUGGCAAAGAUCUUCAAGAAGUGCAAGCAUCAAGGACGCAAGAUCGCUGGAGCUAUCCGGGACAUGAACAAGAGAGUCGAGGAGGUGGCUGCAAGGCGUGACAGGUACACAGUCGACAACGUUAUUGCCAAGCUUGCAAGUCCUGCUACCAUUGAUCCUCGCAUGCAAGCGCUAUACAAGAAGACGACAGAGCUUGUUGCACUAGUAGAGAACUGA